AUGAGGAGGGACAACCUGACCUGGGAAAAUGAGUUUAUCCUCCUGGGGCUCUCCAGCGACAGGCAGACCCAGGCUGGACUCUUUGCCCUGUUUGGGGCUGCCUAUGUGCUCACCCUGCUGGGCAACGGGCUCAUCAUCCUCCUGAUCGGCCUGGACGCACGGCUGCACCUGCCCAUGUACUUCUUCCUUCUCAAUCUCUCGGUGGUGGACAUCUGCUACACCUCCAGCGGGGUCCCCCAGAUGCUGGUGCACCUCCUCCUGGAGAAGAAGACCAUCUCCUUCACCCGAUGUGGGACCCAGCUCUUCUUCUCACUGGCCCUGGGGGGCACCGAGUUCCUGCUUCUGGCCGCUAUGGCCUAUGACCGCUACGUGGCCAUCUGUGACCCCCUGUGCUAUGUGGCAGUGAUGAGCCCGAGGUGCUGUGCAGGCCUGGCAGCUGUCUCUUGGCUUGUGGGCCUGGUGAACUCUUUAGUGGAGACGGUGGUCACCAUGCGUCUGCCUACCUGUGGGCACCGCGUGCUGAACCACGUGGCUUGUGAGACGCUGGCACUAGUCCGCUUGGCCUGCGUGGAUGUCACCCUCAACCAGGUGGUCAUACUGGCCUCCAGCGUGGUGGUGCUGCUGGUGCCGUGCGGCCUGGUGUCGCUGUCCUACACCUACAUUGUGGCAGCUGUCCUGCGGAUCCGCUCUGCUGGGGGACGCCACAAAGCCUUCGGGACCUGUGCCUCCCACCUCGCCGUGGUCUCCAUGUCUUACGGAAUGGCCCUGGUCACCUACAUGCAGCCCCGCUCCACAGCCUCCGCCCAGCAGGACAAGGUGGUGACGCUCUUUUACGCUGUAAUGACCCCCAUGUUGAAUCCACUCAUCUACAGUCUACGUAACAACGAGAUGAAGGCCGCUCUGGGUCGAGUUCUGAUGAGGAGUUCUGAAUCCAAAUGUUAG